AUGUGAUCUCAACGUGAAGGUGUUUGUGAAUUAUAGGACCGCCUUAAACAACUGUUUUCCUAUUUCUCGGUUCCUCUGCCUCUUUCUCACGUUAUUUUCCCUGCUCCGGGAAUAUGUAGCCUCGUCUGGGAUUUAUAGACCUACAACAAUGUCUGCGUGGGAUGACUUGGAACUGCUGUUAGACUCCCCCUCCUCAUUGACUGUGACAUCCAAUGCAAGAGGAACUGUAAAAGACAAGCCUAACUUCAAAGUGGAGGAAGAUGUGUCUGCACUAAGGAAGGCCAUAGAAGGCCUUGGUACAACAGAAAAAACACUAGUUGAAGUGAUGACCCAGAGAAGUAAUGCUCAGCGUCAGCUUAUUGCCAAGGCUUAUGAGAAGGCCACAGGAAGGAAAUUAGUAAGUGACCUGAUGGGUGACACCCAUGGAGACUUUGAGGACGUGUUAGUAGCGUUGGCAUCACCGCUUGCUGUCUACGAAUGUCAUGAAGUCAUGAAAGCCAUCAAGGGUGCAGGGACUACAGAGAGCAUCCUAACCGAAAUCUUUGCCUCAAGAUCCAACAAACAGAUCAUCGCCAUGUCUGAGGCAUAUCUGGCAGAAACGGGAAGAUCACUGAUCUAUGAUCUUAAGUCGGAGGUAUCUGGAGAUUAUGGCAAAGCACUGCUCACCUUGGCUGAGGGUAAGAGAGAUGAGAGCACCAAUGUGGACAAUAACAAAGCUAAAGCAGAUGCUAAGGCUCUGUAUGAAGCAGGAGAGAAGAAGUGGGGUACUGAUGAGGCCAAGUUUAUUGACAUCUUGUGCCACAGGAGUGUUCCCCAACUUCGACAGACCAUGGUCGAGUACAAGAAUAUUAGCAAGAAGAGUCUGCAGGAGAGCAUUGAGAGUGAGAUGUCUGGAACCCUGGAGGACCUACUAGUGGCCGUAGUUAAGUGUGUGAAGAGCACUCCUGCAUACUUCGCUGAGAAGCUUUUCAAGGCCAUGAAGGGUCUGGGGACCACAGAGUCCAUUCUGACCAGGAUACUGGUCAGUCGCUCAGAGAUUGACUUGUUGGACAUCAAAGCUGAGUACAAGAAGCUGUCUGGAUCUUCCCUCUACUCCCAGUUACAGUCUGAAGUGUCAGGUAGUUACGGUGACAUCCUCAAGCGGCUCUGUGGCCAAGACGAUUAACUCCUCCCAAAAGAGAAACAUCGUGUGAAGUACAGCUCCCCAUACAAUGACCACUCACUGACCUUUUAUUAUUUUCAUAUGGUUUCAUUUGCUUUAAAUGUAAUGCCUGAAACUAUGCAGAAGUGCUUUUUCAAUGUAGAAUUCCACUAAUGUUUAACCAUACACGGAUAUAAUUCACACCAAGACAUAUGAAGAUACUGUUUAAAAUGCUUUGUAUUCCAUGAAACAGUUAUUAGCCACACAUUCAUUACUUAUAUUGUAACACAAAUAACUGUCAUGACUUUCACACUUAAAAUAAAAGCUAUAAUCUA